AUGUUUAUUAUGCUGCGUUUUUUUAUAUUUGCUCUGUGGAGUAAUAUUAUUUUAAGUGUCUUUGGAGCUGAAUCAGAGAAUUGCGUAAACUACUUUAACUUUAGUUCAUUAUCAGAUUCUGUACAAAAAUGUUAUCAAACUUCACUUACUUCUUCUUUAUGUCGUGGAAAAUAUGAUAUUCAAUGUCUUUGUAAACAAGAACAUAAGGACUUGUUUCUUUCAUGUGUUUAUCAAACAAAGCCAUCUGAAGGUUUCGAUUCAGCAAAAUAUUUCUCAGAUGUCUGUAAAAAUAUUACUGCACCAGAUGAAACCUGUCUUGAAGAAAUAAAGCCAACUGUUAAGAAUGAGACAUUGCCUUCGCCUACAAUAUUAGAUGAAGAUAUUCCUGACUAUCAUUCUACAAUUCAAGAUGAAAAAAAGACAUCCGAAUGUUCAGUUGAUAAAACGGAAGAGAAACCAAGUAGCCCAACAUCAACAGAUUUUACUAGGACUGGAGAUUUCGCGACGACAUGUACUGUUGUUUGUGUUACUCGGAGUAAAACUCUGUCUUCUGAAUCUACUGAACUGCCUACUCAAAGUUCAUGUUUGAAAGGAAACUGUUCAGUUGUUACAAAUGAUGCGAAUUCGUUAAAAGUGGGGACUUUAACUAUGGUUUUUUUUCAUGUUUGUUGGUAUAUUUUAUUGGCAUUGGGACUUUGGUAUCUGUAA